AUGGGAUCUGUCUGCUCUGACCCUGCAGCGGGGCUCUGCCUGGCCAUCACUGCUGUGCUGGGAGGAAUGGCUUUUGGAAAACUCAAGAAGAGUCCGGGGCAGAUGUGGAACCGCACCAUCUGCUUGGCGGGUCUCUGGGGAAUCACUUGCCUGCUUGGUUCCUCUCUUUGCUGGGGCUUGGUUCUCUUCUCCUUGUCAUGUUUCUUCUUGUAUAAGUACAUAUCUAGCCAAGAGCUGUUACCUGUGCAACAGAAGACCAUCCUGAUCACAGGUACUGAUUCCGGGAUUGGUCAUGGCUUGGCCAAGUACCUGGAUGAGCUGGGCUUCACGGUAUUUGCGACAGUGCUGAACGAGAAUGGAUCAGGAGCAGAGGAACUGCGAAGAACCUGCUCCUCUCGGCUCUCCGUGAUCCAGAUGGACGUCACCAACUCAGAGCAGAUACGAGAGGCCCGGAGAAAGGUGGAGGAGAAGGUGCAGGACAGAGGACUGUGGGCCUUGAUCAACAAUGCAGGGAUCCUUGGAUUCCCCGCUGAAGGGGAGCUUGUCCCCAUCACCCACUUCAGACAAUGCAUGGACGUGAACUUCUUUGGUCCUGUAGCAGUCACAAAGAUGUUUCUGCCUCUUCUUCGGAAAUCCAAGGGGAGGCUGGUGAACAUCAGCAGCAUGGCAGCAAAGAUCCGAAUGAAGAAGGUCGCAUCCUACGCCAGCUCCAAAGCAGCUCUGACCAUGUUUUCGGAAGUUUUAAGGCAAGAACUUCUCAAAUGGGGAGUUAAAGUCUCUGUCAUUCACCCCGGAGGCUUCAAAACAAAUAUUGCAGGCACAAAAGAAACGUGGGACAAACUGGAGAGGAGUCUUUUGGAUGACCUGUCCCCUGAUGUGCUGGAGGACUAUGGCCAGGAGUAUAUUCUUGCCCAGCGAAAUAUCAUCCGCAUAUUUGACAGAGCGGGUGAGGCUGACUACACACCCCUGCUUCUGGAUGUCCACCAUGCAAUCGCUGCGAAAAGCCCCUUUGCUCUGUAUACGCCAGGAAAGUCAUCCUUUCUGUGGCAUUGUGUCAUCUCCCUGGUCCCCACUGUGGUGUUCGAUUAUCUUUAUAAAGAAGUAGAUUUCAAGACGAAGCCCAGAAGUCUAAGCAUGCCUGUCUGGAAGAAAGCCACAUAG